AGUUGUCUCUUGAGCAUCCCAUAAGCCUUUUAUAACUCAAUCAGUUUCUCAAUAUCAAUAUGGCAUUCCUUAUUAUGAGUAUGCUCAGUAUCCUGGUCGUCUUGGCCCAAGGAUCGCAACUUCCUACAGUUGGACAAGUAUCAACCGUAGGAUCUCCUCAUACCUCAGGCUUCGUUUCAUCUGGCUCUGGAGGUAUCCAUGCUGCUUCUCAAGGCCACUAUCGGCCUGUCAUUGGAUCAGCUGUGCCCCAGCCUCAUCGUCCUGUGAUUGGCCAUGGAUCAGUUGUUUCAGUUCCUGCUGGUGCAACUCGUCGCGUGUCUGGAUCUCGCCAUCAAAGUGCUCUUCCCGUCGCUGCUACUUACCCACAGGCUUCUGGAACAUACCAACGGCUUGCUGCAGCCCCAGUAAUCGGUUCUCGCCCUCGUCAGAUUGUGGGCUCAGUUUUACCUGUUCAUCAGCCUCAGGGUGCAUAUGGAAAUGCUCACCAGAAUCGCAAUCACCAACAGAAACCCUACUAAGACUACCUGCAACCCAAUGAACCGAAUUGCUGGACAAACUUGUUUAAUUUAUCUAUAAUUCUUACUAAUGUACAAAUCAUUCGUUUAAUAAACUAAUUGCAACUGAAACCCAA